AUGACACAUUUAGGCACUUCUUUGAUUCACGCAGAUGAUAAAGAUAAUAGGGUAUCUGAUGUAGCCCCACCAAUUAACGUAUCUACAACGUACAGAUACGAUGAAACGGAUCUGAUACCAUGGAGAGAAAGAGAAAAUCUGGAUUUCAUGGAAAAGAAACCAGUCUAUUCAAGAUUGGCUCAUCCAAACGCUACAAGAUUGGAGUCAUUAUUCUCUGAAAUAUUGGAAGGUCAUGCUGUCAUUUAUUCUUCAGGCUGUGCUGCAUUCUACGCUGCCAUGGUUCAUUAUAACCCAAAGAAGAUCUUCAUGGGACAAUGUUACCACGGUCUUCGUGCUAUAGCAAACAUCAUGACCCGUAAUUACGGUGUUGAACAAUACACGCUUGAUGAUAUCGAGAAGUAUGCUCAAGAAGGUGACAUUGUUGAAGUUGAGAGUCCCAUGAACCCAUACGGUACCUCUAUCGAUAUCAAGUCUAUUGCUGAAAAAGCACAUUCCAAAGGUGCUAUUGUAUUGGUGGACUCUACUUUUGCACCACCUCCUUUACAAUAUGCGUGGGACCUUGGUGCCGAUGUAGUAUUACAUUCAGCAACCAAAUAUUUUGGUGGGCAUUCAGAUCUAUUAAGUGGUGUUAUCGUUGUGAAGGAUGAAGAAGUUUGUAAAAAAUUGAGAGAUGACAGAAUUUAUCUGGGGACCAAUGUUGGUAACUUAGAAAGUUACAUGCUUUUAAGAUCAUUGAGAUCAUAUGAACUUAGAAUACUAAAACAAUCAGAAAAUGCGACAAAAGUGGUCGAAUUCUUAAACCUCAACAAGGAAAGGUUUGACAAAGUUUUGAAAGAAGUUUAUCACUCAUCAUUGCAGAAGGAAGCAUUUGUUAAGAAGCAAUUAGUUGGUGGAUAUGGGCCCGUAUUUUCAAUGUCUUUACAAACGAUAGAUCAAUGUAAAAAAUUUCCUGGAAAACUCAAGUAUUUCCACCACGCCACAUCUUUAGGUGGUGUGGAAUCACUAGUUGAAUGGAGAGCUAUGACCGAUCCAUAUAUCGAUCAGACAUUGAUCAGAGUCUCAAUUGGUGUAGAAAAUGCUGAUGAUCUAAUAAAAGACCUAGAGACAGCUUUACAAGAACUACAUAAUGGUGCUUAA